AGGAAAUUUUCAUUGUGAUGACAACUUGUUCGAACAGAUGGAAGGAGUGGACAGCAAGAUGCGUGUAUUGGUAACAGGAGGCAGUGGGCUGGUUGGCAAAGCAAUAGAGAGAGUGGUGAAGGAAGAGGGUGGAGCAAGAGAAGGGGAGGAAUGGAUUUUCCUCUCCUCUAAAGAUGCCAACCUCAUGGAUGCGGCAGAGACAAAGGCGCUCUUUCAGAAGCAUCGUCCGACACAUGUCAUUCAUCUAGCUGCCCUGGUGGGCGGGCUCUUCAAAAACAUGAGACAAAAUCUUGACUUCUGGAGAAAUAAUUUGUACAUCAAUGAUAACGUGCUUCAGACAGCUCAUGAGUUUGGGGUGGUCAAGGUCGUCUCCUGUCUGUCAACCUGCAUUUUUCCUGACAAAACCACCUACCCCAUUGAUGAGACUAUGAUCCAUAAUGGUCCACCUCAUGAGUCCAACUUUGGAUAUGCCUAUGCAAAGCGGAUGAUUGAUGUUCACAACAGGGCAUGUUUUGAGCAGUAUGGGCGGCGGUACACAGCUGUGAUCCCUACUAAUGUGUUCGGUCCUCAUGACAACUUCAACAUUGAAGAUGGACAUGUAUUGCCUGGACUUAUGCACAAGACUUAUAUUGCUCAGAAGGAGGGUAAAGCAUUACAUGUUUGGGGUUCUGGUACCCCAUUGCGACAGUUCAUCUACUCAUUGGAUUUGGCUCGUCUCUUUAUCUGGGUACUGAGAGAAUACGAUGAGGUGGAGCCAAUUAUACUAUCAGUCGGUGAGGAGGAUGAAGUGUCCAUUAAGCAGGCUGCUGAGGCUGUGGUCAAUGCAUUUGGGUUCAAAGGCCAAGUGGUUUUUGACACCAGCAAAGCUGAUGGGCAGUUUAAGAAAACGGCCAGCAAUGCUAAACUGCGUAAAUACCUCCCAGACUUUAAAUUCACACCUUUUGACAAAGCCAUUAAAGAAACUUGUGACUGGUUUGUGGCCAACUAUGACAUUGCCCGCAAAUGAAGAGUGAUCACCAAACUCACUGAAGGAGGAUUAGCAGUCAGUUAUAGUUGGUCAAAGGAUCACCCCACUGUAAAUGGCACUGUCAAUGUAUGAGGUCAUGUGUUUUGGAUUGGUCUGUCUAACAUGACU